AUGUCCGAGGCGCCGCCCGACAAGGCCGCCCGUACGUAUCAUCUCUCGACGCUGUGCAGUCCACCUUCGCUUACGCGCGACCCUUACCGCCUGCAGGCGAGCUUCAAGGCUCGAUCGAAAUGCGCUCCGGUGAGCACCUCCGCGGGCGCUGGGUGCCUGGCGCACGCGCGCGCUGUGGCGCUGCCCGCUGAGACUGACGUCCUCGAGCCAGCCAAAGAGAGCACGGUCGAAGCGCAGCCGGUGGACGGACCGCAGGAGUAUCGGCUAUACAAGCGGCGAUGGAUAGGCCUGGUUGCCCUCGUCCUCUUGAACAUCGUUUCCGGCCUUCUCCUGGUCUGGUUUGGUCCAAUUGCCAAUGAUGUCGUCGAUGAGUUUGGCUUCACCCUUGACGAAGUCAACUGGCUCGGUAACGUCAUCAACCUGAUAUACCUCCCUUGCGCAUUCGUCCUUCCCUACCUCUACGGCCGAUUGGGCAUUCGCGGCACCGCCUACAUUGGUGCUGUCCUCUUCGUACUUUCAGCCUGGGUUCGCUACGCAGGAACAGCGAAAUCUCUGUCUGUGCGAAGCUCAUAUGCCCUCAUCCUCAUCGGUCAGCUCAUUGCAGGCUUCACCCUCCCCAUCUUCCAAAUCAUUGUCCCGAGUUACUCUGAACGAUGGUUCGACCUAAAAGGUCGCACGACUGCUACGAUGGUCAUGAGUUUAGCUAAUCCUGUUGGUAAUGCUCUCGGUCAACUUAUACCUCCGCUCGUCGGCAGCCCGCGUACUGGGCUCCUUGUGAUGGCCAUAAUCUUUACCGUUGCCGCGCCGAUCGUCUUCUUCGUCGGCGAACGACCGCCUAUACCACCCACAUUUGCCGGUUCACAUACCUAUGCACCGACAAUCACUGACCUGGGGAACGCCAUGCUCGGCAAGACUCCUAGCGAUCGACACCUGUACAUGACGCCUCGACAACGCUUGGACUUCGGUGCUAUCGUCAUCCUUUUCGGCGUCCUUGUCGGAGUUGUCAACGCGUUCGGUAUCUUGACCGGCCAGCAGCUGGAACCAUACGGAUACUCGUCUGACGAUGCCGGUAUCAUGGGCGCUGUUCUCCUCCUCGCCGGUCUCCUUGGCGCGGCAAUCACCUCCCCCCUCUUCGACCGCGUUCUGACGCACCACCUGGCACUCUCGGCUAAAGUCUGCCUGCCCAUCAUGGCAGCGUGCUGGCUGUCGCUCAUUUGGGAAAUCAAGCCGAACAACACCACUUCGCUCUACAUCAUCCUCGUCAUCCUCGGUGCGACAAGCCUGACGCUCCUGCCCGUGGUGCUCGAGCUCGCAGUAGAGCUGACGCGGAACGCCGAGGGAAGCUCUGCCGUCCUGUGGUUCUCGGCCAACCUAUGCAGCCUCGCCUUCGUCCUCAUCGAGGGUGCGCUGCGCGCCGGCACGGACGCGUCCCCGCCGCAGAACAUGCACCGCGCGAUCGUCUUCCAGGGCGCGGUCGUCGCCUCCGCCCUCGCGCUCGUCUACCUCGUCGAGGGCAAGCAGACGCGCCGCGCCGCGGACGAGCAGGCGCGCGACGGCGCCGCUGCGGAGCGCGUCGCCGUCACCGUCGCUGUCGUCGACGCGGGCGCGGACGUCGAGAGCGGCGAGGUCUCGCCCGGGACGUCGGACGCCACCGAUGUCAAGGUGAAGGCGCAGUAG